UUCAAUUCUCUCAUCAAAGACUCAAAACUUUCUCUCACUUUCUUGGAAUUCUCCACCUUCUCAUCAAUCAAAAACCAAAACCCAGAUUUUCCAUUUUUAGUCCAUUUUUUUCAAAGAUUUCUUCUUGUUUUGUUCCCCCAAUGGAGGUUGCUAAGAAUUCAAAACUGGGGACUCCUGUGAAAGACCCAGAAGGGAAUUCUCAAUCGAAAACCCAAAAGGUUUCAAAACUUUCUGAGAAUUCAAAUCCAAAUAUCUCUCAUUCAAGUUCUCCAUUAACAAAAUCUUCAAAAUCCCAGAAAUGUUCUUCCAAGAAUCCAGUUGUUUAUUCACCAAGAAACAAGCUUAAGGAAAGAAAGUUUGUGGUGGCCAAGAAGAACUCGAAGAAAGAAAGGGCUGACUCAAAUCCUACGGUUGGGAUUGAUUGCAAAUGCAAAGAGAAGUUUGGUGGGAAUUUAAAGAAGUGUCUAUGUGUUGCUUAUGAGAAUUUGAGAGCAUCUCAAGAGGAGUUUUUUAAGAACAAAGCUGAAAAUGAAGCUGAAGAAGAGAUUGAAGAGAAGGGUGUUUUGAUUGAGAAUCUUCGAGAAGGGUAUGGAUCAGAUAAUCAAGACAUUGAUGAGAUCGAAAACUCUAGUCAAGCAGGUAGUUCUACUAUUAAGAGGAGGAGGGAUAAGUUGAUGGAAGAAGCAAGGAAAAGUGUGCCUGAAUCUGGGAAAGUUAAGCAUUUGGUUAAGGCCUUUGAGAAACUUCUUUCGAUACCAAAUUUAAAGGAAUCAGAGAAGGAGGGAGAUGAUGAAAAGGAACCCGAAGAAGAGAAGAAUUAUAAUAAUAAGAAGAAGCCAACGAAAUGGGCGUUGCCUGGAUUGCAACCACCAAAGGUACCUGAGGCUGAUAUUGAGAAUGAGAAUGAGACUAAGGAUUCUUCUCCUGCAUUCUGUCCAUCAGAUUUUGUUUUGACUGCUGAGAAUCUUGGUUUGGAUCCGCGUUUCUCGGUUUCUUCUUCCUGGGAUAGCAGCCAAGGAAGUAUUUCAAGCAGGACUUCUAAAGGAGGUCGAAGAAGCCGAAGAAAUAGCUCGGACUCUGUUGGGACAAUUGGUGGGAGGAGAUGGAAAAAGCAGCUCAAACCCACUUCCCAAAAACCAUUCAAGCUAAGAACAGAGCAAAGAGGAAAAACGAAGGAAGAUGAAUUUAUGAAGAAGAUCCAAGAAAUGAUGGUGGAGGAAGAGAAGCAACGGAUCCCAAUUGCACAAGGCCUCCCAUGGACAACAGAUGAACCAGAGGUCUUGAUCAAACCUCCUGUUAAAGAGAAUACAAGACCAGUAGACCUAAGACUCCACAGCGACGUGCGUGCAGAGGAGCGUGCAGAGUUUGAUCAUCAGGUAGCUGAGAAGAUGAGCCUAAUAGAGCAAUAUAAAAUGGAAAGGGAGAGGCAACAAAAGAUGGCAGAAGGAGAAGAGAUAAAGAGGCUGAGAAAGGAGCUCAUUCCAAAAGCACAGCCUAUGCCAUACUUUGACAGGCCUUUUAUUCCCAGAAGGUCCUCGAAGCAUCCAACUAUACCAAGGGAGCCAAAGUUCCACAUUCCACAACAUAAGAAGAUAAAGUGCUGCAUAUCAUGGAAUGACAUGAGUACAUACACAAUUCAAGGCAGUGAAGCAAGAGAAAUAUAAGUUUUCUGAUUAUUCAUUUGUUUGAUUACCGAAUAAUGUCAAUCCUGCUCCUCCCUCCUCGAUUGUUUUUCCCCCUCUUGGAAGUGUUCUGAAACAUUGUACAUGAGCAACCAAUUUAGUUGCAAUUUUGCCUUUUAUUUAGGUACUGAUACAAGGAAAUUAGUGGAAGAACAAUGGGCAUGAAUGAAGUCUCAUUCUGAUUAGUGGGCU